AUGUCAGCCUUGCUCACUUCCGCGGUCCGACCGGCUUUAUUACGCACCUCCUGUAGAGCUUUCACCGCUUAUCAUGCAGUUCCACGACAUGGCAAAAGUGGAAAUUACGUGAAAACUCACAUAGAAAAUACUAUAGAGAACAACAGAUGGGCAGUCUUUUCGAAGACUACUUGUCCGUUCUGUAGACAGGCGAAAGAACUGUUGAGGGAUUUGAAUCAGGAAGUGGCUGUGGUUGAAAUAGAUAGAGUACCCGGCGGCCAAACGGACACUCAACUGUAUCAGCAGGAGCUCAACGCUAUCACGGGGGCAAGAACAGGAUUCAUAGCGGCAGCGCAGUGUUCUGAUGUCAUUAUCGCCAAGUAA